AUGGAUGAAAACAAGAAAUGGAUGCAUAAGGAAACAGAAAGACAAAGAAGGCAAGAGAUGAGAAAAUUCUGCACCACCCUUAGAUCACUUCUUCCUUUAGAAUAUAUUAAGGGAAAGCGUUCAACCUCUGAUCAUGUGUUUGAGGCUAUGAAUUACAUCAACCACUUACAAAAUAAGGUGAAGCAAUUGCAAGCAAAGAGGGAUGAGUUGAAGGUGUCUAAUUUGACUACUAUUUGUCCUGAGAAUAAAAACUCAAUUGCCCAUCUUCCACCUUUUGCUAUUGUUCAUCCUUUCCCGGGUGGCCUUGAGAUUAUAUGCAGUUACAGCUUCACAAAGUAUGUGUUUCCUUUGUCAAAAUUGCUGAAGAUGCUGCUUAAAGAAGGGCUUAAUGUGGUUAGCAGUACUUCCAUCAAAAGGAAUGGCAGAUUCAUCCACACUAUACAAUCAGAGGUACGUGUUAAUUGA